ACUUUUUUUUUUUUUCCCCCGAGUGUAUUUAGGCUGUCCGUCCUUCUUGUUUUCUCUCGCCGCCUCUCCUCAUCCUGACUUACCGGGUGUGACAGCUGCAGCUCUGCGACUUCUUCUACUUGAGUGAAAAAAGCAACUACCCACUUUCUGUCAAAAUGGCCAGCAGAGGAACCGUCAAAGCCAGCGCCAACUUCAACGCCAGCGCGGAUGCCGAGACCCUGUACAAGUCCAUGAAAGGCCUCGGCACCGACGAGGAAGCCAUCCUGCAGCUGCUGACCUCCCGCAGCAAUGCCCAACGUCAGGAGAUCACCUCGGCCUACAAGACUCUCUUUGGAAAGGAUCUGAUCAGCGACCUGAAGGGGGAGCUAGGCGGGAAAUUCGAGUCCCUCAUCGUGGCCCUGAUGACCGCGCCCAUUGCCUAUGACGUGACGGCACUCCGCAACGCCAUUAAGGGGGCAGGAACGGACGAGAAGGUGUUGGUGGAGAUCCUGGCCUCGAGAACCGCCCAACAGGUGAAGAGGAUCGUGGCUGCUUAUAGACAAGAGUACGACGAUGACCUGGAGGAGGACGUUUCUGGAGACACCUCUGGUCACUUCAAGAGACUUCUGGUCAUUCUGCUCCAGGCCAACAGGCAGACUGGAAUCCAGGAGGGAAACAUCCAGACUGAUACUCAGGUCCUUUUCAAGGCCGGCGAGGAGAAGUACGGCACCGACGAGCAGACGUUCGUCACCAUCCUGGGCAACCGCAGCCCCGAGCAUCUCCGUAAAGUGUUUGACGCAUACAUGAAGAUGACCGGCUACGAGAUGGAAGAAAGCAUCAAGAGGGAAACGUCCGGCAGCCUCAGAGCGCUGCUGCUGGCCGUCGUGAAGUGUGCCAGGAGUGUUCCAGCCUAUUUUGCUGAGACGCUCUACUACGCCAUGAAGGGUGCAGGAACAGAUGACGACACUCUGAUCCGUGUGAUGGCCACUCGUAGCGAGGUGGACAUGUUGAACAUCAGAACUGAGUUCAGGAAGAUGUUUGCCUGUUCUCUCCACUCAAUGAUCAAGGGUGACACCAAUGGCGACUACCGCAAGGCUUUACUGCUUCUCUGCGGCGGGGAUGAUGCGUAACCACGGCAACGGUGGAGCCCUAUCAGCGUCGAGAGACAACAGCCAUUAUUUCAUACGAAGUUAAUUACUCGUGAGCGGCGGACGGCCCGUCAGGUGUUUGUUUUUUUAAACUAUGAUACCAAACAAAGUCUUUGAAAGGUAGCUAACAUUUCACUAUCAGUCUGUUCAUUGGUCCACUAAUGAUGUCUUUAAUGACCCCAUUGGACUUGUAUGUGUUUGCACUUGUUUUGUUCUGGCGGAGCCAAUUAACUCAAUAUUAAACAUUUCAAUUGAUGAAGUACAACUCCA